AUGCAGCCACAGGACCUGGCCAAGCCCUCCACUACUCUCAACCGUGUCGAGGAGGCUUUGGCGGACGAGGAAUAUUUUGACUGGGAGGACUUGGAGCUGCAGGAGGUCGUUUAUGCGAAAAAGAGGCGUCGCGAGGCUGCCCUUGCAAAGCUCGCUGCGGCCUCUCAGUCUCCACCAAGGCCACCACAACCUGAGGACGCUCCCACGCAGCGCCGCAAAGCGGUGGUUUUUGCUCAGGAGGGCAUGAGCCAGCCAGAGGCAAAGAGACUCCUGCCUCCGGAGUGCACCAUCUCGAAAGAGCGGGAAUGGCAUCAUCGCUGGAAGCUCAAAUGGGCCGCAUCACCGGCUUUAAAUUUAAAUGUACAGUUCUCUUCUGCUGCAGAGUGCAACGAGGCCCUCAAGCAUGUCUUGGUGUAUGCCUGGUCAAUCCACAAACAAAGGACCGGCGAAGACUGCCCAUGGCAGUUUGACAGUGAGAUUUUGCCACCAUAG